AUGAACGCGUCCAUCAGCAGGUCGUCCAUGGAGCCCGGAAGAGACACUAUAUCGACAGUUGAUCUAGGCAAGGGUUCCGAUAACCCUCGCGGAGAGUACGAGGAGUACCUCGAACUGAGUCGAGAGUUCACCGGCAAGCGGUUGCAGAAGCUGGUGCGCAAAGUCGAUUGGCACGUACUGCCGCAAUUGAUCAUCAUUUACUUGCUAUCCUACAUCGAUCGCAACAAUGUUGGUAUGGGCACCCUACACGUCGACACGCCCCGCACUUCAGUCCUCCGACGAAACCACGUUCAUCGGUCAUUCUCUCUGACUUCGUUGCCAACACCAGGUAACGCGAAGCUGUUCGGAGCCCUUCCGGACAUGAGAAUGUCUGGGCAAGACUGGAACACUGGGCUGGCCGUGUUUUUCGUCACCUAUGCAGCCGGUGGAGUGCCUUCUAACAUUGCCCUGAAGCGGUUUGGUCCAAGGAUCUGGCUACCCUUCCUCCUGUUCACGGUAUCCCUCAUUCUCAUCUCAUCCUCCCUGCAGAAUAAUAGGGCCGGUUGGAUCACAUUUCGGGUUUUACUCGGUUGGUUCGAAGCAGGCGUCUUCCCUGGUUGUUCGUUCAUCCUCACCAUCUGGUACUCGCCAGCAGAGAUUCAUACCCGAUUGUCAAUCUUCUUCUGUGGUGCAUCUGCAGCAGGUGCAUUCUCCGGCUUACUGGCGUACGGCAUCGGGCAUCUGGACCAUACCUGGGGAUUCAGAGGAUGGAGAUGGAUAUACUGCCUCGAAGGCCUCUUCUCACUUCUGAUCGCAAUCGGGGCAUGGUUUCUCAUCAACGACACACCCGCCAAAGUGACGAAUUGGUUGUCGCCCGAGGAGCGCCGGUUCCUUAUUCUGCGUCAUCGAUUUGCAGCAGGCGGCGAAACCGGUAUUGCUGAAAAGGAAGAGUUCUCUUGGAAGGCUGCCAGAGAGGCAUUCACUGUGAGAACAGCCUACAAGACGGAACGAAGUACAUUGCUGACGCAAGGUGUACUGGAUGGAUACAGUCUUUUCACAUCUAUGCCGUGUAAGGUCACCAUCGUCAUUGAGCUUUUUGCCGCUAACAUCACGUGCAACAGCGCCGCCACAGAGUUCACCCUUUGCGUGGCUGUCUACGGCUAUGCAUUCAUCCUGCCUACCAUUAUCUUCAAUCUUGGAUACACCGCUGCUGAGGCCCAAGCCAUGACAGCCCCGCCCUACAUCUUCGCCUGCAUGAUCACUCUUUUCUCUGGAUGGGCGGCAGAUAGGUGGAGGCAACGGAUGCUUUCGGUCCUUCUCCCAAACCUGCUGGCCGUGUUUGGCUUCAUCGUCAUGAUAAUCACGUCCCGGUAUCCUAACCUCCCCGGUGUAACACUCACGGCUUGGAUCGCGUUGAACUGUGCCGGUUCAAUGAAGCGUGCUGUUGGAAUGGGUGCCAUGAUUUCUUUCUCUCAGUUGGGCGGAAUUGUUGGCUCGAACAUCUACAUUGCGGCACAGUCGCCUACGUACCCGGUAGGGUUCGGCAUCAGUCUUGGGAUGCUCUCUGUCUUUGGCGUAAUUUGGCCGGUGGUUUACUGGCUCAUACUCAAGCGCAUCAACGCUAGGAGAGCCGCCAUUCCGCUGGAGGAGAUACACGCCAGGUACACAGACCAGGAACUGUCGGAGAUGGGCGAUCGCAGCCCGUUAUUCAGGUAUUCCACUUGA